AUGAGUGAACGAAUCAUCCAAGUUACAAUCCAUCAUGGAACCAUUUCUAAAACUUCAUCAUUAGAAUUAUCCAAAAUUAAUAAAGAACGUUUAAUUAAAUUAGUUAGGAAAGAAUUAGGUUUCAAUAAAUCAACAAGUUUUAAAUUAACAAGAAAAUCUAAAAGAUCAAAAAAAUAUGUUCCAUUAGUUGAUCAUGGUGAUUUUAAAGCAUUAGGAAGAUCAUUGGAUGUUAAGAAUCAUUUGAAAUUAAAGAUCGAAGAUGUUGUUGAAAAAGAGAAGGAGAAGGAUGAGAAGGAUGAUGACAAGGAUGAAUUUGAAUUUAAACAAAAGGAGUAUGAUUAUUUGGUUACUAGAAUUAAUGAAAUGAAGGAAUCAAUUGAUCAAUUUAAACAAAAAAUUAAUGAAAAAACACCAAUUCCAAAUGAUCAUCAACGUCCAGACUUAGUUUCAAUUCCAACAAGAAUUCAAAACAUUUCAUCAAAUGUUAUUCAUCCAACUAUUUAUUGUGAUGUUUGUAAUCCAUUUGAUGAUUAUAAUGGUCGUAUCAAGGGGACAAGAUAUCAAUGUAGAGAUUGUUUUAAUUAUGAUUUAUGUGAAUCUUGUUAUGUACAAGGGAAAUUUAGUGGUGAUCAUUUGAAAACUCAUUCUAUGAAUAAAAUUUCAAUUAUUCCAAAAGAUUGUUUUGUUGGUGAACAAGUUGAUGAGAAUGAGGAUGUUGAAACUGUUGAAUCUGUUGAAACUGCUGAGGAGAAAGGUGAUGAAAAAGGUGAUGAUCCAAAUGCUAUUUAUUUAGAUAUUAAUGUUGAUCCAAUUGAUUCAAAAGAAUAUGAAUCAAAAAUUGUGGAAUUUGUUUCCAAGUAUAAUGAUGUUUCAAAAUUAUCAAAAAUUUUAUCAAAAAUUCAAACAUAUGAUCAUUUAUUAUCAUUAACUGAUAAUGAUGAAGUUUUAUUAUCAACUAUGGUUGAAUCAUUUAUUGAAUCAAAUAAAAAUCAAUCAAUUGAGAAUAAGAGUUCAAUUUCCAAGAAACCAAAUUUAUCAAUUGAAAUUUCUCAAAUUGAUCAAACUUUAAUCUUUCAUUUACAAAAUAAAAGUUCAUUAUUAACACCAAAAAAUUUAACAUUAGUUAUGAAAAUUGUUAAUAAACAUGAAGGUGAAGGUGAUAUUGAUAAUGUUACAAAAUUUAAUUUAUCAAUUGGUCCUCAUUCAAUUUAUCCAAAUGGUCAUAAAAGAUUAUAUUAUAAUUUAAAUGGAAUUUAUGAAUCAAAUUUUAAAUUAUUUGAUAAUAAAUUUACAAUUGAAUUAUUUGAUGAAUUUAAUAAAUUAUUCGCAUUAGGUAUUUGUAUUAAUGGUUCUGGAUUAGUUGAAUUAAAUGAUGAUUUAAAUGUCUUGGAAAAAUUAUCAAAUAUUGAUAUUGAUGAUAAAGAUGAAGAUGAAAUUGAUGAAGAUGGUUCAUCAGAACAAAUUUUACAACAAACUAAUUCAAAUUCAAAUUCAAAUUCAAAUUCUGAUUCAAAUUCAUCAUCAAGUCAAUUUGUUACACCAUCAAAUUCAACAUUUAUUACUGAUCAAAUUUUCCAAUCAAAAGAAGAUUUAAUUGAUAUUGAAUCUAAAACAGAUUCAUUAGAAUCAACAGAAACAGCAGAUUCAGCAUCAACAACAGAAUCACCAAAAAGUUCAAUCAAUCCACGUUCUUCAACUUCAACUUUAACACCUGAAUUUUUAGAAGUUGAUGAUAAUCUUGAUGCAAUUGAUGCAGUUGUUAGUACUGAUUUAUCAGAUGAUGAAGUUGAUGAUAAUGAUAGUUUUACUGAAGAUUAUGAAGUCUUAUCAACUGAUGAUUAUUCAGAAUAG